AUGCUGAGAUUUCAUGUAUGCCUGUUCGUCGUGACAAUCGGCUUGGCUCAAUUAUGCGCGCAAGCAGGCAUUGGCCAGACGCUGGCAAUUGUCGGUCGGAUAGGGGCCAGCUUUGGUAGAAACGGCAACAGAAAUAUGAUAUGGGCCCUCACUGGUUAUAGUCUGGCAAUUGGCACUUUUGUCCUGAUAGCAGGCAGGUUAGGCGACAUAUAUGGACACAAGAGAGUAUUCCUCGCUGGAUUUAUUUGGUCUUCGAUGUGGUCUGGGAUCUCCGGGACAGCGGUCUAUUCAAACUAUGCUCUUUUUAUCGCGUCUCGAGUAUUCCACGGCUUAGGAGCUGCUCUUUCUCUCCCUACUGGACUUGCCCUUCUAGGGAUCUCGUUUCCUCCCGGAAAGGAAAAAGCUAUGGCCUUCACUUUUGUCGCGACGAUAGGGCCUGUGGGUAUCAUAGCCGGGUCGGCGAGCGCAAGUUUAUUUACGCUGAUUUGGUGGCCUAUAGCAUACUGGACGUUCGCUGGAAUCUUAUCCGCUAUUGCCGGAGUUGGAUAUUUUACCGUCCCUAAAUCUACCCAGAAGAACGAAAUGCCCGGCAGCAUAAGAGCUGUUGUGACGGACCUCGAUAUACCAGGCGCUAUAACAGGGGUAUCAGCACUCGUGUUGAUAAGUUUCGCCUGGAAUCAAGCUCCUCUUGUAGGUUGGAAAGAGCCAUAUCUCUGGGUUGCACUUAUUCUCGGGACCCUGCUUGCUAUAUUAUUCGUAUUAGUUGAGAAUUACUACGCCCCUAAACCACUCAUCCCUUUCUACGCUCUUUCGCCCAGUGUGUCUCUUAUCGUCAUCGCGGGCGCCUGUGGUUGGUCAUGCUUCGGAAUUUGGGCUUUUUAUACUUGGCAGUUCGUUGAAAACAUCCGCGGCACCUCUCCGCUUCUGGCUGCUGCGUAUAUUUGUCCAUGUAUUAUCAUUGGUUGUUUGACCACACUGUCGAUAGGUUUCGUUCUCCAGCGGCUGGGAACAAUUCUCAUCGUAUUUGGCUCUCUAUUGGGAUUCACAUUAGGAUCUGCGCUUGUUGCGACUAUGCCAGCAGUUCAGAGUUACUGGUCUCAGUUAUUCAUCUCUGUGUUGGUGGUAUCCUGGGCGAUGGACAUAGGGUUUCCUAUCACAGCGCUAGCCUUGUCAAAUGCAGCUGAAAGAAAACACCAGGGGAUAGCGGCGAGUUUAGUUAGUACCGUUAUGAACUACGGUAUAUCAAUAGGGCUCGGGAUCGCUAGGACCGUGGAGUCUUAUGCGAAUACAGGUGGAAAAUCCUUUGAGAAUAAGUUGAUCGGGUAUAGAGCUGCUCUUUACACUGCACUUGGACUAGCAGGUCUGGGUGCAAUUAUCUGCUCUGCAUUUCUUUUGAAAACGCUAUGGAGAAAGAGAGGACAUUUCUAUAAAUGUCACGAAGUCGCCGAAGUAAACCAGAUAUAG